AUUCUUCCUCCCCUUCCACUCUUACUCUGAAUGACUUAGUCACUGCAUGCUGAGGCUUCCCGUUGCCUGUGGGGAUUUUGGGGAAUUUGUGAUGACAGCACCUCUCCCUCUGCGGAGGUGUUGCCUUGAAUAUCCAAGGAGAAGAGGCGAAAGAGACACUCACAAAGGCUGAUCGCGUCCACUCUUAGAUUUAAUGGGACCUUAGACACUUUGCACGCUCCUCAUCAUGACCAUGAUAGCGGUUGGAAUUCCCAGCACAUUCUGAAGAACUCUAAGGAUGGUUGACACAAAGUGCUAAUUAGCACAGAGGAACCAGUUCAGUCCAAAUGGUGGAACAUGAUGAACGUGGCAGUUUCUGGCAUCAUACAAAAACUCUUCUGGAUAUUCCUUAUGGCUAGUUCCAAGCUGUAAAUUGAAACAUGGAUGAUCAACCCAUGAUGACUUUAGAAGGACAGAAGUCAUCAGCUUUGCAAGAGACCCCAAAAAUGACUUUCUCAGUAGAGCUUUCAAUGGCAGACUCAACCAUGGAUAGAAACCUGACCUUAAAAGAUACUUCUGAUUCACUACCGUCUGUUAUAGAUGAGCCUUUGGAAGACCAAACACAACUUGAGUUGAAGAAUAAAAGUUCAUUAGAGAAGAUCAAUCAAAUUGUACCACUGCUUGUCAACAAAGGUGGACCUUGUCUUCAAAUCUUGAAUCUUCUCACAAAAGAAAGGACAAAGAAAUACAUUGAACAUCAAAGCACUUCUGCUCCAAUAUCAACCCCAAAAUCUGAACUAAAUGGCAUUUAUUGUGAACCUGACUUCCAAAUGGAUGCUGAGACUGGGUUCAGCUAUUUUUUGACUCGCUCAGAUAGUCCAGUGAUCAACAGCUGUGAUGUAGACUCCUCAAACACCUCAUCUACUACUUAUCCUUUUUCUAAUUUUACGGUCAGACCCAUAUCAGAACCCGCUUACUCUUUUGCAUCCUCUCCAGUGGGACCAUCUCACAUUGAGCACCCUUACUCGGCUCCUUUGCCAGUCUCCAAGGGGGCUGAUCUACCCCGAAUCAUCAAACACAAGCCCAGCUCCAUUACCUUUGCAGAUUAUGACAGUUUUUUGGGUCUGAUCAAGAAUGCCCAAGCCAAUGAAGGUUCAGAUGCUUGUGAGGCCUCUUCUGAAGAUGAAGGCCGUGAUGUGGUCUUCCAUGAUGAUAGCGAUGAUGUGUUUCCCAAGUGCAAAGAAUUUUUCCAAAGCUCCAGACAAAACGGGGAAGGAUUGAAGAAACAAAGGAGUAAAGGAACCUGUAGACAAGCACAUGGAGAAAGAAGUUCCAGCACCAAUCUGCCACCCAACAGAAGCAGCAGCUAUGAGGCAGAGGAGGAGAGCAGCAGUACAGAGGAGUCUCCUCAGGUCCUGUCUCCCUGGUCUGAAUCUAUAACCCAGCUAAUGAAGAGAUUAGAUCAGCUCAAUCUGUACAUAGAGGAAGCUCUCAGCGCUGGCUCUUCCCCUUCCCACACACCCAACACCACCCGGAGACACACCACUAAUGACAGAGCAUCCCUGCAGAGUGGAGCUGUAGGGGUGAACCAGUCCCUCAACUUGAACAACAUGGCUAGAAGAAACGACACAAGGGAACGGCAUGGCCAAGAGAGACAUGCGGGAGCCACUUCCUCUCAGGGGAGAUCACAUGGUAAAAAGACAGAGAUGUCCAUCAAGAAGAGGCAUGGAGGCGCAGAAAUCGAGGCAAGGGAAGCUUGUGACUGGCUACGAGCGGCAGGAUUCCCCCAGUACGCCCAGCUCUUUGAAGAUUCUCAAUUUCCAAUUGACAUCUUUCCUGUGAAGAAAGAUCAUGACUUCUUGGACAAAGACCUUGUGGAACCUCUAUGUCGUAAAAGAUAUGGUAAUAAAAAUAAAGGCAUAUUUAUGCAUUUCCUUGUUAACCUGCAGAGUGAAGACUCAGAUGAAGAUGACCUCUUUGCCAUCAGUGACAAAUGGACCUUUGAAUGGAGCAGUCGCCGCUGGUCCAGGCUCCAAGACAUCGAUUGCCUGCUGAGGGGCGUGGAGAACAAGAACCCAGGGGAAAACUCUGCCCUGCGGAAAACGACCAGCAGCGAGAGUGUUCUGACAGACUUGAGCGAGCCGGAGAUCUCUUCCCUCCAUAGCGAGAGCAGCGGCGGCAGUGGUGGCGUUCGUGUGCAUAGUGCGGAAGACUCGGACAGCUCACACCGCACCUGCUCGAACUCUGCAGCCAUGCCUGACCCCACAUCACUAGGUGUGACCCAUCUCUCUUCAGAACUUUCAAGCUACGGUUCGCUGCCUGUAAAGCAUAGCAAGCGAGGACGGACACGAGCUAAGGAGUUCUUACGGCGCAUGGAAGCUUUGCAGUUACGUGGAGCAAUGGGUGGCGGAGGGAACAGGAGUCUUGUUAUAAGUGCCCCGGUUCUCCAACAAGAACCCCAGACUGUAAAAACUCUCCGCUGUGUGGAGAUCAUCAAUGGAGACAUGCGUCUUGCAGAGCCACCUUCCGGCAUAGGGUUGCCCUCCCAGUCUAGCAGCGAAGGGAGCAGCAGCCAGUCCAGUGGGAGUGCCAUCAGUACGCCAAACAUGAAGGAACGCAACGUCCACCGGGCUGAUCACAAGCGCAGUGGGAUGUACCUGGAGGACUUGGAUGUGUUCUCCAGUCUCAUCCAGGGUAAGCGUGUGGCUGAGCAGAACCGACGCAAUGAGUUCCACUCCUACGAGGACCUGGUGGUCCAUAUUCCUAAAGAUCACAAGCCUGGAACCUUUCCCAAAGCUCUGUCCAUCGAGAGUCUUUCACCCUCAAUGGCAGCCUCCAUCAACUGGCACUUGGCAAGCAUGGACUCGGAUGUUCAGCAUCCACCUAGCUUCAAAGAACCUCGACCUGUCACACAGUGCUGCAACCGAGGAAGUCGGAUCAGCAUUUACGACAAUGUACCCAGCUCGCACCUCUAUGCCAGCACCGGCGACCUCAUAGACUUGGAAAAGGAAGACCUUUUUCCACAUUUAGAAGAUAUUCUGCAGCAUGUUAAUGGGCUGCAACAGAUCGUGGACCACUGGUCCAAGAAUGUAUUGCCUAAUAGUGAAAACGCGGGGAAGGAACGAGUUGAUCUUGUUGGCGAAAGGCAAGGCGACCUGCAAUCAUCCAGCCAGAUCACAUUGGAUUUUGAGGAACAUUCAGUGCAGGAGGGUCAGGCAACCCCUAAUGAUGUAGACAGGGAUGGGGUGUCACUUAAUGAAACAGAAUCCGUAGGAAUGAGGGAAAGGAGAGACUCAGGGGUCGGGGCUUCACUUACCAGACCAAGACGCUUGCGAUGGCCUAGCUUCCAGAUUUCCAACCGCCUCAGCCAUUCGGUCGCCUCUCUCCAGAUCACCAGCCAAUCUGCGGCCCAGCUCAGCUUGCUACAGAAAUUUUCCUUGCUCCGUCUCACUGCUAUUAUGGAGAAGUACUCCAUGUCCAACAAACAUGGCUGGACCUGGUCUGUGCCAAAGUUUAUGAAGAGGAUGAAGGUUCCAGACUAUAAGGAUAAGAAUGUGUUCGGGGUUCCACUGUUUGUGCAUGUGCAACGCUUCGGUCAACCUUUACCUCUUGGUGUCCAGCAGGCUUUGCGCUACCUCAGGAGCCAGUGCCUUGAUCAGGUGGGUCUUUUUCGUAAGUCAGGAGUGAAGUCUCGUAUCCAAGCUCUCAGACAGAUGAAUGAGAAUUCUCCAGAUGAUGUCAACUAUGAAGACCAGUCUGCGUAUGAUGUGGCCGACAUGGUCAAACAGUUCUUCAGGGAUCUGCCUGAGCCACUUCUGACCAGCAAACUGGGUGAAACCUUCCUCCACAUUUACCAAUAUGUGCCCAAAGAGCAGCGCUUGCAGGCUGUGCAGACGGCCAUCAUGCUGAUGUCAGAUGAAAACAGAGAGGUACUGCAAACACUGCUCUGCUUCCUGAGCGAUGUCACAUCCUCAGUGCAAGAGAAUCAAAUGACGCCUAUGAACAUUGCAGUGUGUCUGGCACCUUCACUUUUUCAUCUCAACAUCCUGAAGAAGGACAAUCUUGCACCAAGAGCUAUGCAGAUGCAGAAAAAGUAUGCUACAGGGAGGCCAGACCAAAAGGACCUGAAUGAAAACCUGGCUGCCACUCAGGGCCUGGUACACAUGAUCACAGAGUGUAACCGCUUGUUUGAGAUUCCACAUGAAAUGGUGACACAAUCACGAAACUCCUACGUGGAGGCCGAGCUUCAGGCUCCCACGAUUGAGGAGCUCUGCAAACGGCAACAUCAAGAGGAAGAGGGGGAAGAUGAAGGCUCUUGGCCUGCAUUCAUGGAGGCCAGGCUACAGGGUCUCCUCAAAGAAUCACGGGAAAAGGCCAAAGGUUGGGUGUCCUGUCAGAGCACCGGCAACACAGAGCUGUCCUAUAAGAAGGUGGGUGAUGGUAACCCUCUGCGGCGUUGGAGGGUCUCAGUGGAGGUGGAAGCCCCUCCGUCUGUGGUUCUAAACCGUGUUCUUCGGGAACGCCACCUGUGGGACGUGGAUCUGAUGAAUUGGAAAGUGUGUGAGGUCCUGGACAGGCAAACGGAAGUUUUCCAGUAUGUCCUCAACUGUAUGCCUCCUCAUCCCAGCAGAGACUUUGUAGUGCUCAGGUCGUGGAGGACGGAUCUGCCACGGGGGACGUGUUCUCUGGUGUCCGUGUCUGUUGAGCAUGAGGACUGUCCGCCUAUAGGGGGCAUCAGAGCUAUAGUGAUGGAAUCCAAUUACUUACUGGAGCCCUGUGGCUCUGGCAAGUCCAGACUCACCCACAUCUGCAGAGUGGACCUGAAGGGGAGAACUCCGGACUGGUAUAACAAAGCAUUCGGACACCUUUGCGCCGCUGAAGCUGCUCGUAUUCGCAAUUCCUUCCAGCCAAUCCACACAGAGGGUCCAGAAACAAAAAUUUGAACCCUGUUAUCAUUCUGGAAACAGAAAUCUCAGUUCUGUGACUCUAUAAACCCUGAGAAAUGUCUGCCCUUUUGCACAAUGGGCAGAGUUGCCUGGUCUGGGUAAUAAACCCAAAUGGGAAUGUUCGUCAACUUACCAAUGUACCUUUAGCUUGUUAAUUUUUAAUAUUAUCUUAUUGUAACUAUUGUUAUUUGUAUUAUAAUUAAUAAUUUUAUUCUUUUAUAUGAUCUUAUACAAUGUAUAGGACACCUAAGCUCUUAAGUGCUUCUGGGAAGCAUAUAUUUUAUUUAAUUAAAAAAUAAAUCUAUAUUUGCACAUGCAUGUACUGCAUGUCCAUGUAUGUGUUUGUUUGUAUUUGUGUGUAUCUACACACACAUCUUGUAUAGACUAUAUAUAUAUUUAAAUGCUCAUGUAGUACAAAUAUUAUGUAUACAUGUGUCUGAUAUCUCCUUUUGCACAGAUAUCAGUUUAAUUCAUAUGGUACAAAAUGUUACUCUGUCCAUGAAUGGGUGUAAUAUUAUGGAAUUUUUAAUUGCUUGUUUUAAAGGAUUGACAAAAUGACUUGGGUUUGAUUUUCUCAGACCUGCUUUUAUAGUACUGGAUUACAUUAAUGAUAAAGAGAUGAUGAUUUUUAAUUA